AUCUAUUUACAGUAGGCUGGAGGAGCAGCAGCCGAGGCGAAUCUGUUCAGAUUAAAAGCAGCGCUGUGUGUUGUAAAGUGUGGUAUUCCGCUAGCCAGUUCACCUAAUAACCAGGUUAACCCGCUACAGCGAGUCGAAUAUUUUAGCUAGUGGACUGCUGCUUUCUGUUCUGUUUUAUUUUUUUUAUUUUUCCAUUCAGUGAAUCGGACGAUUUUCGGAACGAUGUCUUCGGAUGAAGACAGGGCGAAGGAGAUCCUGAAGGGCUUUAAACUAAACUGGAUGAACCUGAGGGAUGCAGAGACGGGGAAGGUUCUCUGGCAGGGUACUGAAGAUCUCUCGGUUCCUGGUGUAGAACAUGAAGCUCGAGUUCCCAAGAAGAUUCUGAAAUGUAAAGCUGUCUCUAGAGAACUGAAUUUCUCCUCAUCAGAAAAACUGGAAAAAUUCCGCCUGGAACAAAAAGUGCUCUUCAAAGGCCAGUGUCUAGAAGAGUGGUUCUUUGAAUUUGGCUUUGUGAUACCUAAUUCCACCAACACAUGGCAGUCUUUGAUAGAGGCAGCACCAGAGUCACAGAUGAUGCCUGCUAAUGUGUUAACUGGUAAUGUUGUUAUAGAGACCAAGUUCUAUGAUGAUGAGCUUCAUGUCAGCACCUCCCGGGUACGACUUUUCUACGUCUGAGGUUCUUUUUUUUUUUUUUUAUCUGUCAUUCAGUAGGAUGCACACAUGCCUGCACAUUUUUUUUAUGGCCAGAGGACACUCUGCAUAAUGAGCAUUUCUGUGGCACCGUGACAGCGGCACUAAAGGGAACAACUUGAGCAAAACAAAUUUCAGGUCAAACGGUCAUUCCAAUAUGAUGGCAGAUAAGGACUUGUAUAUAAACGCAUUGAUGCCCAUCACAACCUGACUAUGUAAAUUAUUACAUUUGUACAUUUUUUUCUCUCCUCCCACUCUUUUAUCAAAUUGUAUCAUGCGUUGUACACUGCUACCUUGUCUUCUGUUUUUAAACAUUUGCUCUGGGUUUUUGUGGUUGCUGAAAUUGUGUUUUUUUUUGUUUGAUUGCUUUUGUUUUUUUUUUCUAGCAACACUGUAAGAUAGACAGUUUAAAAUAUUAAAAUAUUGAUAUCCUUGA